GCGAGCAAGCGAGAUUCGUCAAGGAGUUGUGAUAUCAAAUGAGCUUGUGUCGAUCUGACUAAACUUCGACUUAUUAACCCAAAGCAAAAAAAGGAGGCGUUGUGCGCAGAAGCUCACAAUCACGUGUUUGGUUCUCGUUUGUUGAUUUAUUAUUUUUUUUACUGAGCGGGUUCAAGGGUGAGCAAAAUCUUCCGGAAAACUUUACUCCAUCAUCACCUGAUAGUUAAUCGAGGUGUAAGCCGUGUAAUUGAUGACAUUAGAUGCGUUAAUUGCAAUCCAACGACCAGCUUUAUACAAUUUACCCGUGGCGGAAAAGAGGAAGCUUAGGGCUUGUUUUGAGGGAUCAUAUCGCAUCUUGGUGCACGGCCUCAGCUCCUCCAGAGAUGGAUGGGAACAAUCCCGCGUACUAUCACUACCUCCCAAAGGGACAGUUCCCGGUACCUAUCACCAAUGGUGAAGUUAAUAACUUUCCAUCCAGCUAUAGCCCCCAACCUCCAUCUUGUCUAUAUGAGACCAAACCAACUAUCCAUAACGAGGAUGCCGCAGGGUAUGGUCAUGCUACCGGUCUACAGGUACCCGAUGGUCGGGGAGAUGACGGGCUAGCUAUUCAGCAACAGUACGUCCAACUUCACGGCGCCACAAUGCCAAUGCAUUCUCCUACGAACCCUCAGGACUUAUCUAGGCCGCUGGCUCUGGCCCAGCAAGCCUGUAGCCAGUCGCAACAGUGCGACGGACUCCCUAUAAAUUCUCUUGCGUCUCAGCAGCCGAAUUAUGCUCGAAUGCAUGGGCUUUCGAUGGCGGGACACCAUGGCGCUGUUAACGGUGGCCAAGGGCAGUGCCACGGGCAACUAGCGCACCAACCGCUUUACACAAUGGCUUCUGAGUAUCCUAUGUCCUCUGCUAAGAUGUCGAAGAAUGCUAAUGUUGGUCAGAAUCUUCAAUUUCCAUGGAUGAAAACAACAAAAUCCCAUGCUCAUAUGUGGAAAGCAAAUUGGCCAGGUGCUUCCUUUGCUGAUUUCGAUGAAAACAAACGAACAAGGACAGCCUACACCCGUGGACAACUUCUAGAACUGGAGAAAGAAUUCCACUUCAAUAAAUAUAUUUCCCGUCCCCGACGAAUCGAACUCGCCGCCAUGUUGAAUUUAACGGAACGUCACAUCAAGAUUUGGUUCCAGAACAGGAGAAUGAAGUGGAAGAAAGAGGAAGCAAAGAGGAAACCAUUGAAACAGGAUGCUGAUGGGAGUGAAGUUGGUAGUCAGAGUGACAUCAUGGCAAAUGAUGAGAAGAUUUUACCUGAUUCACGGACUGAUCACGAGAAUAUGAAAACGUUGGUAGGUGAACGCGGUAUGGAACGCGCUGCGCAGGUACAAACGCAACGCCAUCUGACGAACCACAAUUCAACGUUAGAAAGACAGGACAGUUCACCGUCACAGCGAGGAUGCGCGUCACCAAGUAGUGAAGACAGUUUAGAAUUAACGAAGAACAUAAACUCACUGUCAUCGAAUCUAAGACCAACACAGGUGAAGACGCAAAUUAUUGAUGCUCAGGCCUUUUGA